CUGCGCGAGAACUGCAGCUCCGGCGCGCGCGCCUUUGGAGGGUGGAAGGAGCAGGGGGGCGGGAAGGCAAUGUGGACGCCGGUGUGGUCUGCGCGCGGCGUGUGACCUAAGCCAAACACACGGAGAGUAACGUUACGCUGCGGGUGUAGAGGAGGAGAGUCGCGCCGUCAAGGCAGAAAGCGUCAUCCUUUAGCACAGAGAACAGCGGGACGUCCCAGGAGAGCUCUCUGGAGGACACGGGAGCUUCAGAAGUUUUGCACCCACUGAACUGAGAAGUCGGCUACUAACCCAACCCAGAGGACCUGAGAACCAAAGAAGGAAGGAAGAUCUUUGUGAAGGAAAAUGAACAGCUCAUAAGAAUGGGCCUUCUUCACAUAUGACCGAACAUAGAGAAUUGCAACUUGGAAAGUAGUGACUGAAACCUACAACCCAUUAAUCAGUUUCUCACAGCUUGUUUCAUCUCAUCAUCAAAUAAUGUUUGCUGAGCAUUCAAAAUUUACACAUUCAAUCGGUGCUCACAUUUUACAGAAAACUGCUGUUUUGACUUGAAUCGAAUGAAUCUACUUCAUUUAAUACUUUUGUGGUACUCAAUAACCCUAAAUCUCAGGCGUGUUAUAUAUCAAGAGACUUUCCAUAUUUUAUGGAGGUUUCAGAUGCCCAACUGAGCACUGGGGAGUCUGGAGGACCAGAACACCCUCAACAUGAGUCUUCUCAUGACAGUCCCCAGCCAACAUCUUCAAUCUCACAACAACAACAAGCAUCCCACCCCAAGCAGACAAAGCGACUUCGCCAUGAGAGAAAACGAUUCAGGCUACAGAAAAAGAAUGUCCAGGAAAUGGAAACUCUUGAGGUGGACAAGUCAACAUGGGUGUCUGGAACUUCUGAAGACAACAAAGGAGUUUCCAGUGAAAAGAGCAGUGAAGUCCCGACUUCAUCCGUGUCAGCACAAUCUUUCUCCGUGGAGACCCAGGAAAGCACCCCAAAACAGAAACGUGAGCGUAAACCACAGAAGCCAGGGAAGUAUGUCUGCACCUACUGUGGUCGUGCCUGUGCCAAGCCCAGUGUGCUACAGAAACACAUACGAUCUCAUACUGGAGAGCGACCUUAUCCUUGCGCACCAUGUGGUUUUUCCUUCAAGACCAAGAGCAAUCUGUACAAGCACCGAAAGUCCCACACCCACAGGGUAAAAGCUGGCCUGACCUCAGGCAGGGAGGUCACAGAAGGUAGCUGUCAUGAGGAGCCCGCUACAGAAUCGGAUGAGGACACUGGUCAGCCAUCUUCAUCUUUUCAUCAUAAAAAUCAAGGUAUGCUAUCCACUCAUUCAGAAAUACCCCUUCCUGAAGGGCAGUCCCAAGCAGUGGAAGACUCUCACGCUGUAAAAAAGAGAUUAGCUAUGAGACUUAGCAGAGGAAGACGUACGCCUCAGGGCUCAUCCGAUGAGACGUCAUCAUUUGGGCUAGGAAGCAAGGGCAGCACAGAGUCAGGCUAUUUCUCCCGCUCUGAAAGUACAGAGAUCCCUCAAGAUAGUCCACCAAACACAAGUGGCAAAAGCUACGCUGAGGUCAUUCUUGGCAAAUUUGGCCGCCUUGGGAAUUUACAGAGAACUGCCCGUCAACAACAUGAACAAUCUGCAGGACAAGAAGGGAGAAGCAUCCCCUUCACCGUGCCAAAAAAGCAGGUUAUUGACCACAUCACUAAACUCAUCACCAUCAAUGAAGCGGUUGUAGACACAAGCAAGAUCGACAGUGUCAAGCCCAGAAGGUUUUCCCUCUCCAGAAGAAGCAGCACUGAGUCGAAGGCAUCUCUUUCCAAAGAAACGCUUCUUCAUAGUGCAAAGGACAUUAGUUCAAAAAGUAGUGGGUCCAUCACUCUUGGUGUUCCAUGUGAGAAGUUCCAGCACCAGUCCCUCGGUGUCAGCCAGCCUGUCGACCCUUCGUCCACUGCCCCUCUUAUGCGUAGUCACUCAUUACCAUCGGAUGCAACUGCUCCACCCACUGCUCCCUCAUGUAGACUUCGACUCAGCCAGUCAUUUGAAGAACAACAACCAGCUCACAAUAGGCGUCAUGGUAUGCUUAAACGCCAGCCUGCCAUUGAGUUACCCAUAGGUGCUGAAAUAACCACAGAGGAACAGCCCAGUUCCAGCUCAUCAUUUCACCUCUCAAUCCCUACUGUGCCUGAAUGCAAGCAGAAGCAGCUUGAACCAUUUGAGUGUGAAGCGUGCGGAGUUGCUUGCAACAACUGGGAAACCUAUAAGACGCACAAGCACCACCAUUGCUUAAGCCGUCUAUCUCACCAACCUGAAAUUCCCAUUUGUCAAGCAGAGGAACAUGGAACACUUUAUAAAACUCGUCCUCGUGCUUUAGCGGUACGUAAAAGGAGAAAGGAAGAUAGUCUUGAACUUGAUGAUCAUGCCUUACCAACAGUUGCCUUGCCAUCUACUUUUACACCAUCACAAGGAUAUAGUGCAACAUGUGAAAAGCCCAUCACAGAGUGCUUUGUGUCAUCGCAAACAAAUGAGGAGAGUUCUUUAAAAGGAGUGUCUGUGAUACAGCAUACUAGUUCAUUUGACAAACAGGAACCUGCUGCAAGAAGUCAGUGCCCAUACGACGCUUCUAAAGACAAAACUCUCUCUCCUGAUGCCCACUACACAUUCAUUUCCUCUCAAUCAAAGGAACAGACAUCCAGACCAACCUUUCGUAAGCUUGUACGUCAACACAAUGUACAAGUGCCAGAGAUUCUGGUCACAGAAGACACAGACACCAACAUGCCAGUAUCGCCCCCUCCAAAUGUUUCUGAAACUAAAGAGACUGAAAAAGUUGGAGAUUUCCAGUGGCCUCAAAGAAGCCCAACAUUGGCCCAGCUGCCCAUUGAGAAACUCCCGCCUAAAAAGAAAAGGCUUCGUCUUGCAGAGGCAGCGCAAUCGUCUGGAGACUCCAGUUUUGAAUCGCUAUCUCUGCCUCAUAGUCCAAGUCAGGAUAGUUCCUUGUCUUACACAUCGAGUCAUUCCACUUCACUUGAGGAAUCUGCUAAAAGUGAUGUUGACAUGUUGUCGUCAAGAAGGUCAAGAGCUCCCCACACAUUGGCAAUCCCCACAGGUCCACAUCACCUGCACAGAGAGAUGCGACGGUCUGCAUCUGAGCAAGCACCUCAUAUGCCUCAACAGAUAAACCCUAUUGUAGAAGCCAGAAGCAAGUCCUUUGAUUAUAGCUGUCUCUCCCCUGAUCGUACACCUGCAGGCUGGAGGGAAAGGCGCAAAUGCCUCCUGAUGAGGCAUUCUGCUGUAAAGGAGCCGGAGGAAGAUGAUACACCCCCGAAACCCGCACCCAGUGCAAGCUCCUCCCCUCCGAGUGCAGCAAUUUCCCCUAAACACAGUCCUGGCAGUCAAUCCCCAGGGCCGUCUACAUCUCAGAAUGUGUCUUUAAGCAAUAUAGCACACCCCUCAUUCUCUCACAAACAUGCCACUCAGUGGCAAUUAAAUCAGCCCCCUGGAGUGUCAGAGAAUGUCAUGACAAUACAAACGGUCCCACAUAAUAUAUUGCAGUUAACCCCUGUGACUACCACUGAUCAGCAUGCUGUCAUGGAAGGUGCACAGUGUCCAACAGGAGCUGCAAGAGCUCAUUACUCCUCAGUGUCCACAGGUCUGAAGCUUGAGAUUCCCAUAGAAGAUGACAUGAAGCAGUCAAAUGCAAGUGUUCACCCAACUCACCCUUCCCAUUAUCACCAUUACCAGCAUCCCGGUCUUGCUAUUACACCAAGCCAAGAGCUGCUGAAUCCUCUUGGAACGCAUCAAAUACCAGUUCGCCUUCAUUCCGACUUACCGUUGCAUGGCAGUGCUGUUUACACGACUCUGUCACAGACUAUGGUUGCAGGAUCUCAGAAUCCCAGCUGUUCUGAUGUACAGCUAAAUUCUAUUGCAUCAAAGUUUGAAGUAAGGGAGCAACAGUCUGUGGCUGAGGGAUCCAAAUCCUCCAGCUCUGGAGGGAAUAAGCGAGUUCUGUCACCUACCAGCAGUGUGGAGCUCAGCCCCGGUAGUCAACAACAGAAGCGGGUGAAGGAAGAGGAAGACAAAGACAAUGAACCAGAUAAUACUAAAAUUUUGAUAACCAGCAAAAAGGAACAUCUGUUGUGUUCCCAAAGCACUAAUGCCCCCAUACCCAACAAAGACCCUUCAUUUCCUUCGCUUCACACGAACCUAACUUUCAGCUGGUGCUAUCUCAACUACAUUAAGCCCAAUCCAUCGACCCAAAGUGACCACCAGACUUCAGUCUAUUCUUCUUGGUCCGUUAGUUCUCGGAAUCCAAAUCCUCCAGGCCUAACCAGCAAGGAAGUACUUUCCUUGUUGUACUGCAAGCAGAGACAUACUCCUUUCACCUACACCAUGGCAGCCAUGCCAUCUUCUUCCACCGUGGCAAAGCCAGAGAUCCCUGAUCCCGGGAAACCCACUGAGCCUGAGGUACAUGCCACUCAGUCCACAGACCCCACCGAGGUCCAGCCAGCUGAGCUAACAGAGAAAGAAGAAACACCAAAAGAAGAGGGAGAGGUGGAAGCACAGUCUACCUCCAAAUGCAAUGAAAUCCCCAGAGUACAGAUCUGUGAAGGAGGCUACAGAUCGAAUGAGGAGUAUGUGUACGUGCGGGGACGUGGGAGAGGGCGCUACGUGUGCGAGGAAUGCGGGAUCCGCUGUAAGAAGCCCAGCAUGCUGCGGAAGCACAUCAGGCUGCACACCGAUGCUCGGCCCUACGUCUGCCAGCACUGCAACUUUGCCUUCAAAACCAAAGGCAAUCUUACCAAACACAUGAAGUCGAAGGCUCAUGGUAAGCGUUGUCCCGAGGGGACCACACCAGGUCCUGUGCUGUGUGAGCCAGAGACUGAAGAAGGAGAUGGUGAUGAGCACUGUGCUUUACCAGAGGCCUCAGAGGAACACCAGUUCUCUGAUGCUGAGGACACAGAUGAGGAAGAGGAUGAGGAGAAUGAGGAAGGCGACGAGGAGGCAUCUCACUCUUCUGCCUCCUCUGUGAGCAGAUCUCUGUCUAAUGAAGAUCCAGGCACUCAGAUUGUGUCCAGUCCCUCACCGUUGGCUAAACGUGAUGAACCCAGAGAGCCAUCCAGCACGAGUCCAGUGAGGCCGAGAAACCCCGCUGGAGCAGUUUCUCCUAACACACCUCAGUAUGUAGAGACCGCUGUUGUUGGGGUGCCUUCUUCCCCUCUGUACAGUUUCUCUCCUGGCAUGCAUUUGUCCCCGGCUCUUCCCCGAUCCCCAGGACGGGACGUGUCCCCACAACAGCGCCUCUCGCCCAGGCUGAGCCUCUCUCCAUCCCCUUGCCAGUUCUCUCUGUCCCCGUCUAGCCGCCCGGUUUCUCCGUUGUCAGCAAGACAUCUGUCUCCGGUUCGAGCCCUAUCACCUAUCCGGCCGGUGUCUCCCAGCGGUCCUCUUAGCUCCAUUGUCGGGGCCAGUGUGACCAUCCAGCAGAGGCCGUACAGACGCAGAGAUCCAAUGAAGUCCUCACCCAACAGGUUCAGCCCAAAGACCAAGCUGGAGAAGACGUGCAGUCCUCAGAGAAGAAUAUAUCAGCUCUCUCCUACCCGUGGGCUCCUCACCAGGCAUGGGCCGGCCAAGGAAGGCCAACGCGUGCUCAGCCACCUGCCCUUGCAUUCGCAGCCGCUGGGCCCGAGCUCCAGCCUCAGCCUCAUGAUCCCCAUAGGGGGCAUCCAGAUGGUCCAGUCUCGUUCAGGUCUUCACACCCAACGACCAGGACCUAACUCGGACCAGAAGACCAAAAGCGUGCCGGUUAAGCCGAGGGAGGUGAAGAAAGGAAGUCCUGGGAACGAGGAGCAGCGACGCGGGCCUUCCCGUGGAGGGCAAAACCAAGAACAACAGGACAAAAAGAGGGAUGCGAGGGAUGCUCCCAGCAUUCCCCUGACCACAUGGAAGUGCAUAUCCCAACGAAAAGAGAGGAAGCGCAUUGACAGGGCAUCGGCAUGUCGCACCAGCCCUCUCCUGCAUUUCCACAAAAGCACUUUGAUCGACCAUAAUGCGCAGACGCCAACAGACAGUGUAGCAAUGCCUAAGAGCACUUGGAGCGAACGGGCCUCCUCUAUCUCGGGCUCCCGAGAGAACGCCAUCAGAGAAAGGAGCCUGGUCUCAGUGCCCGGGGCAAAUACAGCCAAGGUGAACAGAAUACCCUAGCACAGGGAUAUUCGAUUUCGGUCCUGGAAGAGAUGGAGCCCAGCACAAAUUGAGCAUUUUCCUACGUAUACCUAACACAUCUAUUGAUUGGUUAAUCAGUAGAUCAUCCAGGUUAUGUUCAGACAUCAAGUGCAAGUGGCCCAAAUCUGAUUUUCUUACCAAUCUGAUGUUGAUUUCAGGCUGUUUACACUAUCUUGCCUGAACAGUGUAGUAUAACACCGUAACUGAUGUGGAAGCAAAACAGCAUUGCUUCACGUGAAGUUUCAGUUUCAUUCUUUCUAGAAUCACAGGUGCUUACAAAGCUUAUCACUGAGCAUUUACAGUACAUGCAUCAGUUAUGUGUUUGGCCAUUUCAUAAGAAACACAAGCCUUUUAAUAUUAUUACAACCAAGACAUCAUCACCCCAAGUAUUUAUGGUGUAUCUCAACAAUGAAAAUCAGUCGCUGCUGUCGUCCAUUUCCCUAUUUGCUCACAGCCUUUUUUUUUUUGUAAAUCUUCUUGAUGUAAAAUAAUGGGAAUUCUGAUCUGGCUGUGCAGACACAGUUUUAUUGCUGCAACUCAGAAAUGUAUUUUAUUUCAGUACCACAUAUUGAAGUGGCCCAUACCGGAAAUAAAAAUGUCAGAUUCUAUGUGUUUUUUUGCCAUUUACCCUGCUAAGUCAUCUGUUUAUCAUGUUCAAACUACAGGAAAUCAGAUUUGUUUCUCACAUCAGAUCCAUUGAGAUGACUGCACUUCUGUCACUCUGGAUUUAAAAGGGUGUAUGUUUCUCACAUUGUGACUGAUGCAAAAACCACAUUGAAAUCUGAUUUAAGCGGCCAGACCGUCCAGACUGAGAUGCAUCUGUACAAAUUAGAUUCUAAUCUUACUUCAAAGCACUUCCAAAUUUGCAAAAAUCAUAAUGUUUUAAUCUGGAUACAGCCUGUGUCAGAUCAGACUUAGGCUGUUCUUACCAGCUGUGUGAACAUAACCUUAGUAGGACAGGAAACCAUGCUGAUCUCUGACUCUUCAGGAACGAAAUUGAAUACCCCCUGUUCUAAAAGAGCAUAACCAUAACACAGCAAUCCGUACCCCAACUGAGCACUUGGGAUUUAUUCCCCUUUGGUGUAAUUAUGUAAAAAUGUAGAUGCAUCAUAUAUAUGUAUGUAUAUUGUUCUUUAUCUGUAUUCUAUUAGCAUAAUCUAUAAUAUAUACUGUAAAAAAUGUAUGGUUUAUAUCCAUUUCUAUAUGACAUUGUAUGCCAUUGCAGUUUGUACUGUAUGUGUUUGUAUCGUUACUGUAUGCAAAUUCUCACUCGAAUAUGAAGCAGUUAACCUUUUUUUAUAUACACAAACAUUUUCAGUACACACAAAAGUUCUCAAAUAUCCAGAACCACAAGACUUGCAACUGAUUUAUUUAUUCUGAUUUUUAUGUUAUUGUUGUUUGUUUCUUUUAUAUAUAUAUUAUAGCUGGUUUAAAUAUGGAAAAAAGAAGAGUGUAUAAUAUUUUCCUCUCUUUUUUUGUUCUUGUAUUUUGUUCUUUACUGUAUACAGUAUAAAGUUAUGUUACUCGUUUGUGAAACGCCAACAUGAACGGAAGUUUUUAACAACAUAAAGUGGGCUAUUACACUGUAUGCAUCUACUGUAAAUAUUACAAAGUUAAUAACAAGGAGUUUAUUGUCAUAUUUAACAGCUACAGUGGCGUGAAAAAGCAUUUGCCCCAUACAGAUUUCUUUUGUUUUUGCUUUUUUUGUCAUACUGAUAUUAUCAACAAACUUUAAUAUCAGACAAAUAUAUCCUGAGUAAAUAUAAAAAACACUUUUUAAAUGAUAAUUUUAUUUAUUGAAGAAAUAAAAUAUCCAAACCAAUCCUGCCCUGUGUGUAAAAUGUUUGCCCCUAAACCUAAUAACUUGGUUGUGCAAUCAAGCUUUACCGAUAACUCCACUCUGUGGAGGAAUUUUAGUCCGCUAUUCUCUACAGAACUGUUUUAAUCCAGAUACAUUGGAGGAUUUACGAGCAUGAACAGCCUGUUUAAGAUCAUGCCACAGCAUCUCAAUCAGACUUUGACUAGGCCCCUCCAAAACCUUAAUUUAUUUUUCAUUCAGAGGUGAACUUGUUUGUGUGCUUUGGAUCAUUGUCCUGCUGCAGAACCCAAGUACACCUGAGCUUGAGGUCAUGAACAGAUGACCAGAUAUUCUCCUUCAGUAUUGUCUGGUAAACAGCAGAAUUCCUGGUUCCGUCUAAUACAGCAAGUUGCCAUUCCCUGAAGCAACAAAGCAGCCCCAGUUUUACGUCCAGUAUGAUGUCAUUUUUCUGAAAUGGUGUGUUAGUUUUACGCCAGACACACACCUUUCAAAAAGUUCUACUUUUGUUACGUCGGUCCAAAGAAUAUUACCCCAAAGUCCUGGGGGAUAAUAAAAAAGUGCUUUUUAUAUUUACACAGGUUAUUUUUGUCUAAUAAUAAAGUUUGUUUAAUAAUCUGAAAAGUGUAUAUAUGAAAAAAUGCAAAAAAUAAAAGAAAUCUAUAAGGGGUCAAACACUUUUUCAUGCCACUGUAUUUUGUCUUUCUUCUUCUUCUUUUUUUUUUUUUUUUUUUUUUUUUUACAUAUGAUUGGGAAAAAUAGGCAGAUGAUAAUGAUUUCUAUCACCUGUGUCUUAUUAUUAUCAUUAUUAUUAUUAUUAUUAUUAUUAUUAUUAUUAUUAUUAUUGGCAGAGCUAUGAUUGUAUUUCACAGAGAGAUAUACUGUAUACAACUUUAAAAUACUGUAUAUGACUUUAAUCCCUUUAGGAUCCCCAUGUUAUUCUGAUUGAACUUUAUGAAGUCCCUGAAUGAUAUUACUACCUACAGUAGGUCUGUCACUAUAACUGUUUUUGUUUGGUCAAUAUAUUGUCCUAGAAAUAAACAAUAUUACUGUAAUUUUAAGACCAUUUUAUGGAACUUAAAUAACUGAUAUAACACAACCCCUAAUUAGAAAAAGUUGGGACAGUAUGGAAAAUGCUUACAAAAUAAAAAUGUGGUGUUUCACUGCAGACAAUAUUAACCAAUAGUAUUUCAUGUUUUAUUGAUUUAAAUACAUUAUUUAAAACGUAUAAAUAUUGUGUUCAUAUUGUCUGAUUGUUAAAAAAAGUAAAGUAAAUGUUAGAAGCACUGCAUUUUUAUUUUUAAGCUUUUUUUUUUUUAGCUUUUUCUAAUUUGGGGUUUUAUCAUAAAUAAUUAAUACUUUCUAAGUGCCAUACAAUGGUCUUUUUAAUGACAAUACUAUCCUUUACUAUUACAUUUUCUGAUUUAAGGUUGCAGCAUAAUAUUGCAAUUACACUCUUUUCUAAGAGAAGGGAAUUUUCAAUUACAAUUUUUAGACCUUGAAUUUAAAAUAAAAAAAGGACAAAAUAUCGUAAAGAAAUAAAGCAUAAAUAAAAUAAAAGAAUUGCUUUUUUAACAAAGUCAGCAUCCCGGCUUCAUUCACAUUAACCCAUCACAGCCCAAACCCAUUUUUGAAUAUUGAUGUCAAAGUCAAAAUUGAAUCAGAGCAAUAGAGUUAGCAGCUCAUUCAUGUUUUUUUUUAAUUAUUGUGGGUACAUGACUGUAAAUUUUUGAAUAUUAUAAGCUUAAAAUCCUGAUGUAAUAUAACUGACACAACAUGUAACAUGUUCUAGAAAUCCGGUCAGAACUAGUUACCAUAUUUUUCACACUAUAAGGUUUUUUUUAUAAGGAUUAUAAGGUGCACUAUGAAUGAACAUCUAUUUUCUGGUCUAUGUUUUACACAUAAGGCCCACUGGAUAAUAAGGUGCAUAUUGCCCCACUAGUAAGGAACAGGGGUGUCGCCAUGUUUUUCUUCUUAAUUCAGCAGGUCUCGCCACUCCGUGGUGGUGGAAGGGGUAACUAAAGUAAAGCUAAACUAAGUAAACAAAACUCUUAAAAAACAUUUUCUU